AUGUCUCGCAGCCCUGAUGCUAAGGAAGACCCUGUGGAAUGCCCCCUCUGCAUGGAGCCUCUGGAAAUUGAUGACAUCAACUUCUUCCCUUGCACCUGUGGCUACCAAAUCUGUCGUUUCUGUUGGCAUCGUAUCCGCACUGAUGAAAAUGGACUUUGUCCUGCUUGCAGAAAGCCAUAUCCAGAAGACCCAGCAGUGUACAAGCCACUCUCCCAGGAAGAGCUGCAAAGGAUAAAAAAUGAAAAGAAACAGAAACAAAAUGAGAGGAAACAGAAAAUAUCAGAGAACCGCAAACAUUUGGCCAGCGUACGGGUUGUACAGAAGAACCUUGUCUUCGUGGUAGGGCUCUCUCAGCGCCUAGCAGAUCCAGAGGUUUUGAAACGACCAGAAUAUUUUGGGAAGUUUGGUAAAAUACAUAAAGUUGUCAUUAAUAACAGCACAUCAUAUGCAGGCUCACAGGGUCCAAGUGCCAGUGCGUAUGUAACCUACAUUCGGUCAGAAGAUGCUCUCAGAGCCAUACAGUGUGUCAAUAACGUGGUGGUAGAUGGCAGAACACUUAAGGCAUCAUUAGGUACAACAAAAUAUUGCAGUUAUUUUCUAAAAAAUAUGCAGUGUCCAAAGCCAGACUGCAUGUAUCUACAUGAGCUGGGGGAUGAAGCAGCCAGUUUUACAAAAGAAGAAAUGCAGGCGGGUAAGCACCAGGAAUAUGAACAGAAACUACUGCAAGAAUUAUACAAACUAAACCCCAACUUUCUCCAGUUAUCUACGGGUACAGUUGACAAGAACAAGAACAAAGUAACAGCACUGCAGAGGUAUGACAGCCCUAUCGACAAACCUUCAGAUUCCCUCAGUAUAGGAAAUGGUGACAGCUCCCAACAGAUAACAAACAGUGACACACCUUCACCACCGCCUGGUUUAACAAAACCCAAUCCAGUCAUACCCAUCAGCUCAUCUAAUCACAGUGCGCGGUCUCCUUUUGAAGGGGCUGUAACAGAAUCACAGUCACUCUUCUCUGACAACUUUCGACACCCUAACCCCAUCCCUAGUGGGCUUCCUCCAUUCCCCAGCUCUCCACAGACUUCAAAUGACUGGCCCACAGCACCAGAACCACAGAGCCUCUUCACAUCAGAGACUAUACCAGUGUCCUCCUCCACAGACUGGCAAGCGGCUUUUGGGUUUGGUUCCUCCAAACAGCAAGAGGACGACUUAGGGUUUGACCCCUUUGACAUCACCCGCAAAGCCUUAGCAGACCUGAUUGAGAAGGAACUGUCAGUCCAAGACCAACCUUCCCUCUCGCCCACAUCUCUUCAGAACCCUACCCCACACACUACAACUGCCAAAGGGCCAGGCUCUGGAUUCCUGCAUCCUGCUGCACCCACAAAUGCCAACUCUCUCGGUAGCACCUUUCCAGUCAUGCCACAGAGGUUCCCACAGUUUCAACAGCAUCGAGCAGUUUACAACUCCUUCAGUUUUCCAGGCCAAGCAGCUCGCUAUCCUUGGAUGGCCUUCCCACGCAAUAGCAUCAUGCACUUGAACCACACAGCAAAUCCCACCUCAAAUAGUAAUUUCUUGGACUUGAAUCUCCCACCACAACACAGCACAGGUCUGGGAGGGAUCCCUAUAUCAGACAACAGCAGUUCUGUAGAGAGUUUAAAUAUGAAGGAAUGGCAGGACGGGCUAAGGGCACUUCUACCGAACAUUAACAUCAACUUUGGUGGACUGCCCAAUGCUUCUUCCCCUUCCAACGCCAACCACAGUGUACCAACGUCCAACACUGCCACCACCGACAGCCUGAAUUGGGACAGCCCUGGCAGCUGGAUGGACCCCGCAAUCAUCACAGGUAUCCCAGCCUCCACAGGAAACAGUUUAGACACCCUUCAAGAUGACAAUCCUCCACAUUGGCUAAAAUCUCUGCAGGCCCUCACAGAGGUGGACGGCCCCAGUGCAGCGCCAUCACAGACGCACCACAGUAACCCCUUCGGCACACAGAUCCCUCUGCACAGAGCCAGUUGGAAUCCCUACUCUCCUCCUUCGAACCCCACCAGCUUCCAUUCUCCACCUCCAGGCUUUCAGACAGCCUUCAGACCUCCCAGUAAAACCCCCACAGAUCUACUACAGAGCUCAGCGCUGGAUCGUCAUUAG